AUGGGCGAAAAGAAGAUUGCUGGAGUGCUGGGGGCCACCGGCUCCGUCGGCCAGAGAUUCAUCCUGCUGCUAGCGGAGCAUCCGGACUUCGAGCUGCGUGUGCUCGGGGCGUCGCCCAGAUCGGCCGGCAAGAAGUACGUGGACGCGGUCAGCUGGAAGCAGACCGAGCUGCUUCCCGAGUUUGCGAAGCAGAUUGUAGUGUGCGAGUGCAGAGCUGAGCUGUUCCAGCAGUGCGACGUGGUUUUCUCGGGUCUCGACGCGGACUACGCGGGCGCGAUCGAAAAACAGUUCGUCGAGGCUGGGCUCGCGGUCGUGUCGAACGCCAAGAACCACAGACGGGACGCUGACGUGCCGCUGGUGGUGCCGAUCGUGAAUCCCGAGCAUCUCGACAUGGUUGCUUCCAAGAAGCGUGGGUUCAUCGUGUGUAUCUCGAACUGUAGCACCGCGGGUCUGGUCGCGCCGUUGAAGCCGCUUGUCGAAAAAUUCGGGCCGAUCGAAGCGUUGACUACAACGACGCUGCAGGCGAUCUCGGGCGCAGGGUUCUCGCCAGGCGUGCCCGGCAUCGACAUCCUCGACAACAUCAUCCCGUACAUCGGCGGCGAGGAGGAAAAGAUCGAGUGGGAGACCAAGAAGAUCCUCGGCACGCUGUCCGCGGACCGCUCCACGGUCGAGUUGAUCCCCUCCGAGCAGAUGAAGGUGUCCGCUCAGUGCAACCGUGUCGCGGUCUCCGACGGACACACCGAGUGUAUCUCUCUCAAGUUCAAGAACAGACCUGCUCCGUCGGUGGAGCAGGUGAAAAAAUGUCUGGCAGAGUACGUCUGCGACGCGUACAAGCUCGGGUGCCACUCGGCGCCCAAGCAGACCAUCCACGUCCUCGAGGCAAACGACAGGCCGCAGCCAAGACUGGAUAGAAACAGAGACGCCGGCUACGGCGUCUCUGUCGGCAGAAUCAGAGAGGAUCCCGUUCUUGAUUUCAAGAUGGUCGUGCUGUCGCACAACACCGUCAUCGGCGCUGCUGGCGCCGGUAUCUUGAUCGCGGAGAUCCUGUUGGCCAAGAAGUUGAUUUAA